AUGGAGGCGCUAUCUUCUGCCACUCGAUUCGACGCAUGUGCAACUGAUGGUGGUGGAGUGUUGGAGGUGUCUGUCGCCAGUAAUGUGGCUUGGUACAUAACGAAGGAGGGGGUAUCGCUGCAAAUGGAACUGCCCGAAAAGGCUAUUUUCUCGAAAGUAGAUCGAGAUUGGCCACUAAUUUCGAUCUCUGUGAGAUCGGAAGAGGCCGUAUGGGCAAUACGUGCAGAUACAGGUGGACUUGUUGUGCGAGUAGGAUUGGCUCGAUGCAAGAUGGGCCUGGAUUGGGUGGAAAUAGCACCGGAAGGGCCCUCAAAAUUGGUGUCAGUUUGUGUGUUUGGUAACUACGGCUUUGUGUUGGAUAAUACUGGUCGGUUGUGGAUGACGACGGGAGUAGACCACCAUCAUCCCUACGGUAGUAGUGACGCGUUUUAUAAGGUGUGUUUGUGUUGCCAGUUUCAUUAUCAUUUCCCUUUUGUCCUAGAAUCUUAUGGAUGGGACCGAUUUUGCUCGAAAAAGAUCUCGAGCGUAAACUUCUGA